AUGUCUGGGGCAAAGGUUCUGCUGUUCCUGCAGAGCCUGUCACGUAGGAAACCUCUGGAGCCAGAGGGUGAAGUGUCCAACUUUCGGCGAUGCCUGACCACCCUCGACCUGGUGGCUCUCGGGGUCGGCAGCACGCUGGGGGCCGGAGUGUACGUGCUGUCAGGAGAAGUGGCCAGAGCCGUGGCCGGGCCGAGUAUCAUAAUCUCCUUCCUGAUAGCAGCCGUGGCCUCCGUCUUUGCAGGGCUGUGUUAUGCUGAAUUUGGAGCUCGUGUUCCCAAAACUGGCUCUGCCUAUCUGUACAGCUAUGUGACUGUGGGCGAGAUAUGGGCUUUUAUCACUGGCUGGAACCUGCUGCUGUCAUAUGUCAUAGGGACAUCAAGUGUAGCCAGAGCCUGGAGUGGCACCUUUGAUGAUCUCAUUGGAAAUGUCAUUGCCAACUCUCUGGGCAAACAGGCUGCCAUGGAUUUACCUGGAUUAGCUCCCUACCCAGACUUCUUUGCAGCUGGCCUCAUAAUGCUGUUGGCAGGGAUUCUUGCAUUUGGUGUUAAAGAGUCGGCCAUUGUAAAUAAGAUUUUUACAGCAGUUAACAUCCUUGUGUUGCUGUUUGUUAUCCUCUCUGGCUUCAUUAAGGGAGACAUCAACAACUGGUACAUCAGUGAGGAGACUCUUCUAAAUGGAAAUGACUAUACGUUCUUGAAUGAAAGCAGCACAUAUGGCAAAGGGGGAUUUUUUCCUUUUGGCUUUGAAGGAACUUUAGCAGGAGCAGCCACAUGCUUUUAUGCGUUUGUUGGAUUUGACUGCAUUGCCACAACAGGAGAGGAGGUUCAGAAUCCUCAGAAGUCGAUCCCAUUUGGGAUCGUGGCGUCCCUCCUCAUCUGCUUCCUUGCUUAUUUUGGUGUUUCUGCUGCCCUGACUCUUAUGAUGCCGUACUAUUUGCUCAGUGUUCACAGCCCACUGCCUGUGGCCUUUACAUACAUUGGUUGGGGCCCUGCAAAGUACGCAGUGGCUGUGGGAUCCCUCUGUGCACUGUCAACAAGUCUCCUAGGAUCAAUGUUCCCGAUGCCUCGUGUUCUCUUUGCCAUGGCCAGAGAUGGAUUGCUCUUCAAACUUCUCAGUAAAAUGAGUGACAGACAGAAUCCUGUCAUAGCUACACUGGUUUCAGGGAUUGUAGCAGCUAUCAUGGCAUUACUGUUUGACCUGAAGGCGCUGGUUGACAUGAUGUCCAUAGGAACCCUGUUUGCCUACACACUUGUCGCCAUAUGUAUCCUCAUAUUAAGGUGGGAGUGA